CUUAUGGCAGCUGGAAGCACGAUCUAAGAGCAUCGCCGGCAGAGCCAAAGGCAAGUUCGUGAUGCCAGCGUAGCGUAUGUCGUGUCUCUGGACGGCCGGGGCUGCUUAUGUUGGCGCAUCCGAAUCUUGACCCCAUAGAUAUGUCUCCCUGUUAUGCUCUCCCCUCGGAACUCUCACGUCGAGAUCUGGAGAACGACAUGUGCGGUGAUGAAGGCCGAAACUCGCGGAUAAAAUCAUAUUUGAUACGUCCGCUUAAACAGGGUCAGAAAUCUAGCGCAGCACAUACACGAAGGCAUACCGCAUACGUUGCACGUUGGCCCAAAGCAACCGAUAUAUCACCGAAUACGGACCUGCAUCCAAGGCCAAAACGAGAACAAACUUGGACACUUGUCUGUACGACUGCCGAAAACUUGCUCAACAGGGGAGUGCCGACUCGAAUGAAGGGGGCUCACAGGGCACUCGGGACGUCUCUCCGAAAUCAAAAACCUCACGCCAACUCACAUGUCCGACUGUCCGAUCCGGAAGCGGGGGAUCGGCAGUUGAUUCUCCCCGACUCGGAAGUCGGACAUGCGUCCGCGGACCGCAAUAUUUCCACGGGGGGACCCAAGCCUCGCCGAUCCCAUCUAUCCCCGACGGGGGCAGCGCGUCAUCGGCCACGGCCCCAUUUCCUUAUAGCGUAACCGGUCCUCUCACUUCCGUAGGAUCGACAGUCCAAUACACAAAUCGGGCAUCGUCAGUCCUGGUAAAAGAACGGCAAACCGACCCUUUGACUUGGGGCAGAGUGCCCUCAACUUUUCUCGACAACCAGGAAGUUGGAACCAUAGCGCAAGAGAGCUUGGAUCAGCGGCAGCCAAUCCAUGAUCGUACCGUGUACGGCGUAAUAUGGAUAGUCGGCAAUUCUGUCAGGUCCCUCCUUCCGAGAUCUGGGGUAGUGAAAGGUG